AUGCUCCCCAACAGCCAGAGUCCUCUUGUAAAGUACGAAACCCUCAUGCAGGACAGUUAUAGCUAUGGACAGUUGAUGGCCACCAGCAGCUAUGAGGACAGACGCCUCCUACCCCUGUCCUUAUACAACCCCAUCUGUGCCCAGUACACUGGACCAAGCUACCCAAGCUAUGACAUGUUGGUGUGCUCAGCAGCCUGUCUCUAUUAUCCUCCACCUGGGACCCCCCAGCAGCAGCCCUCCCUGCUGCCAAUGUCCCCCGUGAGCUCAGCACUGUGGAGCAGCUCGGGAGCCAGCCCCAGGGCCCACUCUGCUGGCAGCUUCUCUAGGAAGCCACCGUUUACCAGCAAGCUGCCGAAGCCCAAGGGGCCCUCACAGCCCCAGCUUCAUUACUGUGACAUCUGCGAGAUCAGCUGUGCAGGUCGCCAGGUCAUUCCCCCUCCAGGACCAAAGGAGGCUAUGGGCAGCCCAGUGGUGGCCACAGCCACCAAAGGAGGCUAUGGCCAGCCCAGUGGUGGCCACAGCCAAGCCCAGCCCCUGCGACAGGCACCCACAGCAAUGGUUGGGCAGCUGGUGAGCACCUCAUCCUCAGGACACACAUACCGCAUGGCGACUAGUGUCCAGCCUGACACCUUUGUCUCCACCACAGCCUCCUACCCCCUGUCCUUAUACAACCCCAUCCGUGCCCAGUACACUGAUGUAGCAACUGCCUUCCCUGGGACCCCCCAGCAGCAGCCCUCCCUGCGGCCAAUGUCCCCCGAAGCCACCGUUUACCAGCAAGCUGCCGAAGCCCCAGGGGGGCCCUCGCAGCCCCAGCUUCAUUACUGUGACAUCUGCGAGAUCAGCUGUGCCAGUCUCAAGGUCAAUCCCCCUCCAGUGUGGGCAGGCCCGGGGGUCUCUCUGACCCCCAAAUCCCUUGUGGGCCAAAUGCUGGUGUCAGGGAUCAGGAUGGUCACCAGUGGAGUCCAGAGCAAGGCCGUGAGCGACUGGCUCAUCACCAGCGUGGAGACAUUCCCUUUUGCUAUCAGAGGCGUGUCCAAAAAUGGAGUUCGUGACGGCUUCAGCAUCCAUGUAAACCUCAGUUUCCUCACCUGCAAAAGGAAGCUCAAUGAGGAAAUCAAGGCACAGAGGCUGCUCCACAAAUUGCCAGGGUCCCUGCAGCUUGUGAGUGGAAUGGCUGGAGUACACAGCAUCCCUUCCCUGAUGGCUUUGUCUGGACAGCGGCGUUGCCCCUUGGCCUGGAUCCUGAAGGGCGUCAUGUGGGUCGGCAUCCCAGUGGAAGGCCACCUUCUGUGA